UUCCUCUUCAAAUCCUCCAUGUCUUUCUGUUUCGUGUUGCUCUGUUUUCCAUUCUUGUUAGCAAAAACAAUAACACAUGGCCGAGGAAGAAGAACCCAAGAAGGUCGAUUCUGUCACCCCCUCGGAGCCGCCACUUCCCGCUCCCGAACUGACUGAAGCCCCCAAAGACGUUGCCGAAGAAAAAUCCGUAAUCACACUUCCUCCUACUGAAGAAAUAGAAAAGCCUGCUGAGUCAACAGAAUCCACCGCACUCGAAACAGAGGCGGCGGAACCAACCGAGGAGCAAAGCACGGAGAGUAGUGUGAGUCGAGAUGCUGUGCUUGCUAGAGUUGAGACAGAGAAGCGAAUUUCACUGAUCAAAGCUUGGGAAGAGAGUGAGAAAACCAAAGCUGAGAACAAAGCCUACAAAAAGCUUUCUUCAAUCGAUGCAUGGGAGAAUAGCAAGAAAGCUGCUCUGGAAGCUGAGCUGAAAAGGGUUGAGGAAAAAAUAGAGAAACAGAGAGCCGAAUAUGUCGAGAAAAUGAAAAACAACGUUGCCUUGAUCCACAAGGAGGCAGAAGAGAAGAAGGCAAUCGUUGAAGCCAAGCGUGGCGAAGAACUUCUCAAGGCGGAGGAGACGGCCGCCAAGUACCGUACCAGCGGAACUACUCCGAAGAAGGUCCUCGGUUGUUUUUAAGGGUAAAAAUUCUUCAAAAUCUCUGGUUUAGAAGAUGAAGUCUUUCGUAAUUUCAGGAUGCCAUUUGUUAAUUUCAUAUGUAUUUGGCUUGGUUUAAUGUAGUGAAAGCAACGGCCAUUGUUCAUUAGUCUCUGUGUGUGUAGAUAUAGUGUUAUACCAUUUGGAAGAAAUCACUUAUUGAAUUUGUAAAAA